AUGACGUUGUUGCGUGAUUUCUUAGCAUUGUGUGUCUUAUUCUGGAUCUCUCUAUCGUUUGAUGUCACUGAAUCUUCUGUCGUUCGCGUGCACAAUCUCCAGCGUCUGCAGGACUUUCGUGGCCAUGAAUACUUUGUACAUUUUGACGUGCAUCAGUCCGAAGAUGAACCAGUGGAGUUCCCAGUUCAAGAAGAUUUCUUCACUAGCGCAAUCUUGGACCACUUUGUCCCCGUGUCCAAGCGCACGAUGUGGAAACAGAGAUACCAGAUAAACGAAGAGUUCUGGGGUGGUCAUGGUUUUCCUGUGUUUCUUUACAUUGGAGGAGAAGGACCUUUAGGUCCCAAGGCACUUACUAAUCGUACCUUCAUUUACUACUUGGCAGAGCAGCACCGAGCGCUGCUUGUUGCAUUGGAGCAUCGAUUCUAUGGCAAGUCGUACCCAACCACUGACAUGAGUUUGCGUAACCUAUUUUAUCUCUCGAGUGAACAGGCAUUAGCCGACUUGGCCCAUUUUCAUUCUUUUGUGACGGAAAAGUAUGGACUCACCGAUGAAAAGUGGGUGGCAUUUGGAGGAAGCUACCCAGGUAAUCUAGCAGCGUGGGUCAAGUUGAAAUACCCGGCGCUCUUUGCAGCAACAGUAGCAAGUUCAGCACCUCUACAUGUCAAAACAAACUUUUACGAGUACAUGGAGGUUGUUGGGGAUGGAUUGAGAUAUUUUGGAGGCGGUGAGUGCUACCACGAAGUGGAACAGGCAAUAGUGCAGCUUGGACAGCUCAUGGAUGGUGGGAAAGAAAGUCGUGAUUACGUGGACGAACUGUUCAAGCCAUGUGAUCCAAUGGCCAACGAGUUUGAUGACUCGGUUUUUGAGGCUUCUAUAAUGGGUGCAUUUCAGGAUAUUGCACAGUACAAUGGCAUUCACGAGGGACUUAUGACUCUGGAGGAAGUCUGCAAGCACUUUGUUGAACCAGGAAAUGCUUUAAAAAAACUGGCUUCGUUCAUAAACAAGACUCGCGUCGGUGAUUGUCUGGACUCGAAAUUUGAAGGUGCAGUAAACGGGACCGUCGAGGUUCUAAGUCGUGACCAAUUUGACGGGAAGAGCAGUGCUCGUCAGUGGGUGUACCAAACAUGCAACGAAUUUGGGUAUUUCCAGACCACGACAAGUGCACGGUCUCCUUUCCACUCACUUCAUGCUGUAACAGAGGCCAAUGUCGGCACGGAAAUAUGCAAGCGUGUGUACAAGAUGAAUGUUUCACCAGAUGUCGCUGGUGCUAACCUUGAUUACGGUUCACUUGGGAUCGAGGUAGAAGGUGUAACAUUUCCAAGUGGAACUAUUGAUCCAUGGCAUGCAUUGGCUGUGGAGAAUGCAACGAAAUUACACUCGCAUUCAUCUCAAGCUGUGUACAUUGAAGGCACUGCGCAUUGCGGUGAUAUGUAUUAUCCAAGUGAAACGGACACAGCACCAUUGCAAUGGGCACAUGCAAAAAUUGCUGCACAAGUCUUCUCGUACGUGCAAGAGGUUGACUAUUCCCACGACAAAACUCAAGUAAUGCCACUGAUUCCUGCAGUAGUAAAGGCCAUCGAGUAA